AUGACCGUGGCUACAGGCGACCCCGGGGACGAGGCAGCCGCACUCCCCUGCCAGGCCCAGGACAUGUAUAACCCGGAGUCGGACCACGAGUGCUGCGAGCGUGUGGUCAUCAAUAUCUCUGGCCUGCGCUUCGAGACGCAGCUCAAGACCCUCUCGCAGUUCCCCGAGACGCUUUUGGGUGACCCCAAGAAGCGGAUGCGCUACUUCGACCCACUGAGGAACGAGUACUUCUUUGACCGGAACCGACCCAGUUUCGACGCCAUUCUGUAUUACUACCAAUCGGGAGGAAGGUUACGGCGGCCAGUCAACGUCACCUUGGACGUCUUCUCCGAGGAAAUCCGCUUUUACGAACUUGGGGAUGAGGCAAUAGAGAUAUUCCGGGAGGACGAAGGCUUUAUCAAGGAGGAGGAACGACCGCUGCCAGAGAAUGAGUUCCAGCGACAGGUGUGGCUGCUCUUCGAGUACCCAGAGAGCUCAGGCCCUGCCCGCAUCAUCGCCAUCAUCUCGGUGAUGGUCAUUCUCAUCUCAAUCGUCAGCUUCUGCCUGGAGACUCUGCCUAUAUUCCGCAAUGACGAAGACGACAUGCACAAAGUCUAUCCGACCAACUUCAACGGGACAUCGACCUACUCUUCGACUAGCUUCACUGACCCCUUUUUCAUCCUCGAGACUCUUUGUAUUAUCUGGUUCUCGUUUGAGUUUCUUGUCAGAUUCUUUGCCUGUCCCAGCAAAGCUGGGUUCUUUGUGAACAUCAUGAACAUCAUUGACAUUGUGGCCAUCAUACCUUACUUCAUCACCUUAGGAACGGAACUGGCGGAAAAGCCAGAGGAGCAGCAGGGCCAGCAGGCCAUGUCGUUGGCCAUCCUGAGAGUGAUCCGGCUGGUGCGAGUGUUCCGAAUCUUCAAGCUGUCUCGACAUUCCAAAGGCCUUCAGAUUCUGGGCCAGACUCUCAAAGCCAGCAUGAGGGAACUGGGUCUUCUCAUCUUCUUCCUCUUCAUCGGAGUCAUCCUCUUCUCCAGCGCCGUUUACUUCGCCGAGGCCGACGAACCCGACUCCCAGUUCGUCAGCAUUCCGGAUGCCUUCUGGUGGGCCGUGGUCUCCAUGACGACCGUGGGAUACGGAGACAUGGUGCCCACCACCAUCGGCGGGAAGAUCGUGGGAUCGUUGUGCGCCAUUGCUGGUGUGCUCACCAUUGCCCUGCCAGUGCCUGUAAUUGUGUCCAAUUUCAACUAUUUCUACCACCGUGAGACGGAGGGCGAGGAGCAGGCCCAGUACCUGAACACCCCCAGCGUCCCCAAGGUCGACUCCAGCGAGGAGCUGAAGAAGAGUCGCAGUGGCUCCACAAUCAGCAAGUCUGACUACAUGGAGAUACACGAAGCUGUGCGCAACAGCCACGAGGACUUCCGCGAAGAGAACCUCAAGACGGGCAACUGCACCUUGGCCAACACCAACUACGUCAACACCACUAAAAUGCUCACGGAUGUAUAA